CUCCCUCCACAUGGAGAAUCGGACAAACACGUGGUUGUAUCAAAGUAUGUAUGGAUAUACCACGCGUACUGACCCUACUGGUGGCCUGGGUGGUUGUUGCCGUGACAACAGUGGUGGCACAAGACGCCGGGGAGUUCGGUGGAGAGCAACGGGGAAAUUCUAGUAAAAGCCAUGAGAAAAAUGCGGAUGGUAUCAUUUCUGUGUCGGCAGCAGGUGGUGGUGGACCGCCCAACAUGGAAGCAGGCAGGAAGAACCAGAAAGACUAUAAUGGGAUAGGUAGACGGAAUUUCCAGCGGGUGAUUGCAUCCCUCCGUGGCCUAUGUAUCGCUUCCAAUGCAAGGCGGGGGAGGAGAGGAAGGGCAGUUGUACAGGAAUGCACUGACAGUGUACAGAACAAUGCAAUUAGUGACAUUUAUGUUACCCCCGAACAAGCAGACGACUUACUAUAUAGAGCACUUGGGAGAGAGAGAGCGCGAAAGAAACGAAAAGUCGCCUACACUACUUACUGGGCUUUGCCGAUAAAGUAUGUCUUUGAACAUUUGGCUUAUAGCACAGCAGAGAAGAACGCUAUACGAGCUGGCAUUGCACACUGGGAGUCAAACACGUGCCUUGAGUUUGUUGAGUACACCAGUGAAAAUUGGCUGGCUGGAAAGUACCUCAAGUUCCAACGUAGUGGAGGUUGUUCGUCGUAUAUUGGGAGCCAUCUUACUGCCCAGAAAAUCAGCAUUGACACCGGCUGCUUUGAUGUUGGUACUGUCACUCACGAGCUUGGCCACGCCCUCGCUUUUUGGCACGAGCAGUCCCGCGCCGACAGAGACCAGUACGUCACUGUUCAGUUUGAUAACAUAAACCCGGGCAAAAUCCAUAACUUUGAACAGGCGGACACAAAGAUGAAUGUCAGAUACGAUUUGGGAUCAAAUAUGCACUAUAAUAGCAGGGCGUUCCCAGUGAGUGGUUUGGCGGACACAGCGUUUACCAUAAUCGCCAAAGAGCCUCGGUAUCAGUAUGCCAUGUCGUGGCAAUCCGCUCUGUCCUUUGCUGACAUCAAGGCUGCUAACAUACAGUAUUGCGGCUUGAUUUGCGAAUCAUAUUCAACGACGUGUUAUAAUGAAGGAUAUCCGGAUCCAAAGAACUGCUCUUCCUGCAGGUGCCCAGAGGGGCUGACAGGGGACUGCUCCAAGGUGGAACCAAGUACACACAACUGCCACGCCGAAAUUUCAGUGACAACAACCCCGAUUAUUAUAACGUCUCCGAACUAUCCCAAUAUCUAUGAGGGUGGAACCAAAUGUCAAUGGCUUUUGAGACCAAGUACUGUCGGCGGGAAGGUGGUGGUCAGCAUUGGUCCUGAGUAUGGGUUCCAGUUGUGGACUUACUAUGCCUGUAGAGACUACCUGGAGAUAAGGUACCAAGGAAUCGCCUUUACCGGGUCCAGAUUCUGUGGUAUGGAGUAUGACACAUUAAAGUUGACGACGGGUUCUGUAGGGGAGCCAGCGUUGGUUCUGUUUCGUGGUUGGGCCGGGGGUGCAAAAGGAUUCAGUCUUACAACUUAUGAAGAUAUAGAUGUUUGUAUUGCCACCAGUCCCUGCGGGGUUGGGACCUGCACCACUGAAGGCGGUCCCUCCUACAACUGUACUUGUCCCAGUGGCUAUUACUUUAACGGAACGACAUGUGUAGAACACACUAACUGCACGUACAUUCCAUGUGGAGUAGGAGUGUGUGCUUCAUCUAUCAAUGACACCUAUUCCUGCGCAUGCCCAGUAGGUUACUCCGCUCCUGCGACAGGGGGUUCUUGUGAAGACGAUGAUGAGUGCCAGGCCAAUCCCACUGUAUGUGACGGAAAUGCCACGUGCACCAAUACUCCGGGUUCUUUCUUUUGCACAUGCAAUGAGGGCUUCACCGGUUAUGGUCGCCUAUUUUGUGACGAUAUAGAUGAAUGUGCAGCCGUUCCCGGGUACUGCAGUGAAAACGCCACCUGUACCAACUCAGUCGGGUCUUAUGACUGUGAAUGUAGCGCUGGUUUCUCUGGCAACGGCCUUUACUGUGUUGACUUAGACGAGUGCGAAGAGGGCCAACACUCCUGUCAUCAGUAUGCGCAGUGUACGAACACAUACGGCUCUUACUUCUGUACUUGUGCCUCGGGUUUCGACGGAGACGGAGCCACAAACUGCACGGACCGUGACGAGUGCGCUCUGGAACUAUACACGUGUGGCGACCACGCCGAAUGCUUCAAUACGAUUGGGUCAUAUACCUGCCGGUGUCAGCAUAACUUCACUGGAGAUGGCUUUACUUGCACAAAUGUAUGUGCUGGUAAUCCCUGCAAUGAAGGCACCUGUUACCCAAAUGUGCACUUAUACAGCUGCAUUUGCCCGUUAGGCCAAUACUUUAACGGCACUACCUGCACCAAUCACACAGACGCAAGUGGAAAAACUGGAAAAAUAGCCACUAGUAUCGUUUGUGGCGAUACCGAAGUGACCAUUCAGUACGCGGAGAGCUCGGACACGUUCUCUCCGCCCAACAACGAAGGUAUUGUCUACGUGGACAAACACUACAGCCAGGCUGGAUGUUACGUGCAGCAGCCUCCAUGGGUCCUUACGGUCCCAUAUGGGCAAUGCGGCGUCGUGCAAGACCAAGAAUUCACAGUCAUAUUGCAACAUGAUAAGGAUUACUACCUAGAAACCAUAGAUGAAGCCCAACCCUUCACUUGCAAACGUCAACCGUACGACACCACAAUACAUAACAUAACUAACAUAAUGGCGGAAGUCAUUGUGCUUCUUGAAUUUGACCAACCUGUGAAAUAUGAAGGAGUUGGUUCGUUUGCUAUCAUGAGGCUGUUUCGAUCUAAAGACAACAGUAGCAUAUUACCAAACGGUCCCCCGGUGGUUCUGGGUGAAAAUAUCACCAUGCAGUUAAUCUUGGGGAAAAUUGGCGAACGCGAGAUGAAAAUUAAGGUUGAGCGAUGUUGGGCUAAUGGCAUCACAGAUACCAAUGAAUGGAAAACUCUAGAACUACUCUCUGGCGGGUGUCCAGUCGUCCCUUUCUUUAACGGAUUUAGCCGAGGGUCGUCCCAAUAUGUGGCCAUUUCAACAUUUCCUAUGUUUCGUAUCACGCCACGGAAUCCAGCGAACGGAACCAUGGGGUUUUUCUGCUCGGUGGCAGCCUGUAUGGAAGGAAACAUGAACCCAGAAUGUGUGGAAUCGCAGUGUCCAGGCAAUAAGCCAGGGUGGGGGAAAAGGAAACGACGGGAUAAACCGCGAGAUAAUUAUGUCACGACGGUUAAUCAAAAUGGCGUCGACGUGAUGUCGUUUGGGUAUUAUUUCAAAGUCGUUGACUCCGAGAACGAUGGACAGAUGAAAGUUCACAUGGGUUCUAAUUACGUACCGCAGAUCAUCAGCACCACUGAUACCACCAUCACCACCACCACCACCACCGCCACCGCCACCACCAAUAAUCCGGAUCUGACAACUAACACUACCACAAGCAUUGACGUAAAGAAAACAAAUACAAGUCUAUUUGUUGCUUUUUCUGUUGUCUCUGGUUUGUUAUGCGUGCUCUUUGGGAGUUUUCUUCUCUGUGGAGGGGUAAUCCUGUGUAAAAGCAUGUUUUCUAAUUAGACACAAAAGUAGGUCAUUAACUUCAAAAUGCAGUAGUAUUUUGAACAAGUAAGAUUAUCUGUGAGGAUGAUUGACAACUGCAUUCAAUUUUAGAAAAUACCCCAGAAGGCAGACACCAGGCUGGAGACGAAAGCUGUCUGUUAAUGUUAUCGCACCGUCCCUUAACAACAGUUGAAGUUCAGAGCAUCUCUGGCUUGCUUUUUUUAUAAUAGAAAUGAUAAUUUAUUAAGCACAAAAUUUAUUUUAUUUUUACAGGAUCUCUUACUAUUGUAGUAUACAAUGAAAUACAAUAUAUGAUAG